AUGGCAACUACUAUUGCGGGUCUGUUGGAGCGAAACAAAGCUGUCAAUCAUACACCUCUCCCUUCUAUCGCAGAGAGAAAGGGACAUGGUGGAGCUCCACCUCGCACUGUGAUCGUUACCUGUUGUGACCCCCGAUGCGUUCCCGAGAAUUUUUUUAAUCUAAAAGCAGGAGAAGUUGUUGUCCACCGGAAUGCUGGAGGAAACAUCCGCCAUGCCCUCCGAGAUAUCCUAAUUCUGGAUGCACUAGUCAAGCUUGAAGAAAUUGCCAUUGUCCACCAUACCGACUGCGGCACUCUGCGCUUUACGGACGAGCAGCUCCGAACUGCCUUGAAGAAACAAACCAAUGAGACACACUGGGCCAAGAUUGAGGCGAUGGAAUUUGGCGCGGCUUCGGGGAUUGAAGAGAAUCUGAAAGGAGACCUUGAGUGGGUUCACGGAAACCCCCUGCUGAGGGAGGCGCUAAAGGAAGGUACUCAGGGCUUCAUCUUUGACCUUAAGAGUGGAAAGGUGGAGAAAGUCGUACUUUAG